ACAACAAACAUGGCCGCCUUCACACGUGAAUUUGAGUUGGAAAGUCAGAAUUUGGUGCUGAAUUUGCACCAAAAUGUGGACGGCGACGUGAGUUGCGUGGUGUGGGACGCCGCGUUAGUGUUGGCCGGAUUUCUGGACUGCGAAAACAAACGCCAAAACGGUUUUCUUAAAGGAAAAUCCAUCGUCGAACUCGGAGCCGGCGUUGGAUGUGUCGCAUUGACAGCAGCAGCCCUAGGGGCAAAUGCAAUUGCCACAGACCUUCCCGCUGUCAUCCCUCUCAUUGAAAAAAACGUCGAAGCAAACACAGACGCAAUUCUGCAGAGUGGUGGGACGUGCACAGCCAGAGUUCUUGACUGGGCCGAAAAGUCCUUCGACUACAUUCAAACCGACUACAUCCUCCUUGCCGACUGCGUUUAUUACGAACAAUCUAUUGAGCCGCUGAUUAGCAUCUUGCAAAUGUUCAGUGAUGAAAACACGACGAUUUUCUUGUCUCAAGAGGUGAGAGAUUACUCUUUCAAGCAAAUUAAGUUUUGGGAGGACUUUCAAGAAAUGCUGGCCAAAUACUUCAGGGUAAGCAAAAUUAAUAGGGAAAGGCAGCAUCCCUACUUUUACUCCGACGACAUUUUGCUCCUGGAACUGAAACUAAAAGGCAACACUGAAAAUUGAUUAUUAUUCGAUCUCACCCUUGUACAAAUACAAAUUAGUUAUUAUAUAAAGCAAUUGACUUGCGGAAGUCUGAAAAUAUGCCUCAAUAAAAUUUGACUGACAAAAAAAACUGAAUCAAAUUUAAACUACUUAGAAUAAUUUUAAAAUCUUCUCCGGAUAAAUUUUUAAAAUUGAAUCCUUGAAGUAAAAUAUACUGAAUUUUUAUUCAUGA